CAUCAACUUUCAACUCUCCCGCAAGGAGAAGAUAAUCUUUCGUCUCAUUGUGCUUGUGAUAACGAUGCCGAAUAGAUAUCCAGGAGCGAUCACACAGGAUUGGGAGCCUGUGGUGCUGCACAAGUCUAAGAUCAAGGCUCAAGGGUUGCGAGACCCGAAGGCGGUGAAUCAGGCCCUGCGGUCGGGAGCGCCAGUCCAGACGAUAAAGAAGUUUGACGCGGGAUCAAACAAGAAGACAGCGCCGGUAGUGAACGCCAGAAAGCUGGACGAGAGCAACGAUCCAGGAACGCUGGAGCGUGUGCCAGGUGAGGUGAGGCAGUUAAUCCAGAAGGCGCGGCUAGAGAAGAAGAUGAGCCAAGCGGAGCUCGCAAAGCUGAUAAACGAGCGGCCUCAGGUGGUUCAAGAGUAUGAGAAUGGAAAGGCUGUGCCCAACCAGGCCGUUUUAGCGAAGAUGGAAAAGGCCCUAGGCGUUAAGCUAAGGGGAAAGACUAGCAAAUGAUUGUAGAAAGGACAACGUAAAUAGUUGCACGUAUCUGUUGUAUCGUGUUGAUCGUUUCGUUCUCUGCAUUUCCCUGUGUACUAUGUCAAUGGUUUUUCCCUCUUCAGGCUGAAGAAACAUUUGAAAA